GGAAUAACUCGGGCGCGCGGACUUGUUCGCUGAACGAGUGACGGAUCUAGCAGACGAGGAGGCUGCGGAAGCUGAAAGCUCUGAAAGGGUGCUGAGUAACCGAUCCUUGGCCGAAAGUGCGCGACAACGCUCGACGAAUAAAUACGAGAAUAUCCGAAGCUAAACUGACGAUGAGCGGAGUUGUAGAGUGACGACGACGACAUGUUUGCGGGGUUCGACCUCUACAAAAUUGACAUCGAGAUUUGAAUACGAUAUUGUUGCUAAUAGAUCAGCGUGGUUAAUAAGCGAUGUUCUGUAUCGUUAGUUGACAAUGAUACAUCAUAAUAUGAAGUGAAACGUGACGUGACAAAUCCUUUGGAAAAUCAGUCUGUGAUAUAUAAUAGGAAGAAACGUAGCGAAGGUGUGUAGAGGCUGUCAAAUCGUUUUCCGACCGCUGACCAGUUUCACGACAGUCAUUUCCUUUUCUUCCUUUUUUCCCUACUACAUAGCCUAUUUUCCUCUAUAUCUGUCCCCCCACUUUGUAACCGCGAAUAUCUCCUGAUAUUCGUCUGGCCGACAGUGACCGCCGUCACGGCGUCGCGUCGGUGUCGUCGACGGUCCCGUUGAAAAUAUGCUUGGCAUAGAAGCGUUAGCGGCAUCAGUGUCGUGGUUGGUACUGGUGCUAGCGUUGGUACUGCUGGUGGUGCUAGUGCUGGUGUUGAGAAUGGUCUAGCGCGGGUGUGCGCGCGCGGGUGUACCUCGACACAGUGCGGACGGUGGCUUUAGAUUCGAAGCUGCGGAAGAAAGGCCGCGAACUCGGCCCUGCUCCGAUGGCCUGAUAUACACUACGAGACGCGUAUAUGAAGCUACACUGCCCUGACUCGUCGAUGGGCGUGCGGGGGUGACUGGAGUGAUGGGAUGGGGCUAGAGCCCCAUGGAGUUCGGGUAGACCCGUCUCCAGCCCAACUCCCCAGCCCCCUCCGCCAUCGAUACCGCCACAGCUCCUGUCAGCGUCGCAGAGGGCCGCCUCGAUCGCGAUGGAGGCCUCUAAUAAUCAACAACAGAAGAAGGAGCCACGCGUUCACAGGCCUUACGCCUUCGACAAGAUGGAGGGGCUGGUGCGGGAGAUGCAAGACCCUGAGAACGGGGUACCCGUGCGCAGCCAAAAACAAUUUCUCACCUCAAUUCCCUCAGCUUUCAUGGGUGAGUGCCAUCGGUAUCUACGUUGUGGAGUAAACGUAAGCGGCCAUCACGGCCAGGACACUACAGUAGGCUGCCUGCGUGUUGCAGGUUACGAUCUCAUCGAGUGGCUGAUAGAGCGGCUUUCUAUCGAGGAAUCAGUAGAGGCGGUCCAUAUUGCCAAUCAGCUCUGCCAGUAUGGCUACUUCUUCCCGGUGAAUGACUCCAAGACACUCACCGUAAGGGAUGAUAGUUCUCUGUAUAGAUUUCAGACUCCAUGUUAUUGGCCAUGGCAACAUAGAAUCCCCGAUAACGUGGAAUAUGCUAUUUAUCUGGCUAAAAGAACUCUAAGAAACAAGCAGCGACAUGCCCUUGAAGAUUAUGAAAUUGAAGCUUUGAACAGCCUACGUAGGAAUUUGCAAAACAAAUGGGAUAUUAUACAACUACAAGCCGAAGAACAGGUCCGCUUAGCGAAGGAGCGAAAAAAGGGGGAUAAAAUAGUAAGCGAUUCUCAAGAACGAGCAUUUUGGAGAGUUUACAGGCCACCACCCGGUUGUCUAAGUAGUCUUGAAGUAGCACCCGUACCUACACGUUUUCGUCCUGGACUUUCGCGUCCUCCAUCACGUAAACGCACUUUAACCGAUCUGCAACGCGAGGUGGCCCUUUUGAAGAACAGUUUAACGCGUACAAGGAUAAAGGUUUCGGCUGCGAUCGAAAAUUUAAAAUCAUACUUUGAAACAUACGUGGAAUACGAUCCGAUGUUUAUACAGCCACAACCUUCAAACCCAUGGAUCACCGACGAUCAAACAUUUUGGCAGCUAAACAGUCCUGUGGUGGAUCUUCCUACGGAAAAACGCGUCAAGCGCUGGGCAUUAUCGAUGGAAGAGUUAAUGUCUGAUCCAACUGGUUUGCAAGAGUUCACAAAUUAUUUGAGGAAAGAAUAUAGUCAUGAAAAUAUACGAUUUUGGUUAGCAGUUAAAGAUUUGAGACAUAGUUUUCAAGCACAAAUACCCGACAAAGUCAACGAAAUCUUCAAAGAAUUCCUGGCACCCGGAGCACCUUGCGAAAUAAACAUAGAUGGGAAGACAAUGGAAAAAGUACAUCAAGAAAUGAGAAAUCCAAAUCGAUUUAUAUUUGAUUCCGCCGCUGAACACGUGUAUACGCUGCUUCUGAAAAAGGAUUGCUAUCCUAGAUUUAUUCGUUCGGAUCAAUAUCGAAAUACCUUAGCUGCCGGUGUGCAACCUUUGCAAAAAAAGUGGUUUUUUAGCUUUGGUGGACAAACAAAGAAGAAAAUUUCUUCGACUUCGACUUCAACUUCGACUCCGACUCCAACGACCAGCAUUUUGCAGCACCAUGCUGCAGGUAGUGCAGCAAGCGGUAGUAAACGAAGGGGAAGCGAUCGGAGUCUAUCUGGAUCUGCUCACGAGUUAGCCGUCUGUGGUGUUCGAGAUACAACUUCGGUGCCUAGAGUGCCACAUUCUCACAGUCAGUCGAACCUCACCGAUAUUCCAUAUAGGGGAGAUCUGGCUCGACUCGUAAAGAUUUCAACAAGGCCUAUCCCGCAUAGCGUUCAGGAUGCUGGCACAUCGGAAGCGGUAGUUCGCCCUAUGGACGACGUUUGCCCGUGGGACGUGGUUCCAGGACCGAGUAUAGAGCACGCCAUAGAUACCACACUAUCACACCAUCCAAUAUCAUCUGGAGUAACGUCGUCGGUUGAGAGUCAAGCCGAAGAAGGCAAUAAUUUGAGUGCGCAGUUACAGUCUAUCGAGGUUACACGCGCAUCUCGGAAAAAUUCAUCGCAAUUAGAUUCCUGUAGUUCCUCGUCUGAUGUCAGUUUAGUGGUAGCGGAAGUCUCUGAACAUCUUCGAAAGUCUUGUAGUUUGCAACACAGUAGUAGCACAGCCGGCAUGACGACUACCGAACGAAUUGGCAUAACAACGCGAAAUUAUUCUAUCGGCUCGACUAGCGGAAGAACGAAGCUCUCAGAGAUCAGUCGGCCGUCCGUUUUGUCUUAUAAUUAUCCGUCGCCACAACAUUCGUUCGAGUAUUCUCAUAUGACAACUGACAGAUCGGAUGUGUCCACGACAGGGAAGUGUAUUGCCGAAGAGCCUGAAACUAGUACGACGUUAAAGUCUCUCGAGGAGGAACUGACGACAAAAACUUUAACCAAGGCCCCCUUAAUAAGCAUUAGCGCGAUCGUGGGGGAUCUACCGAGCGACAAUUCUACGGUUGAAGUCGAGGAAAAAACGAAUGGCGAUCAUGCGCCGGUAAUAAAGGAAGAGAUAGAAAUUGAGGAAAGAAGGCAAAAGCCGGAGGCUGACGAAGGUGAUGCAAUGGCGGCAGUUAUAGCCGAAGAAAGUUUGGCAAUUUCCGCUCUAGUAAAAACGGAGACGGUGGAGUCGCUGGAAGAGGCGCAAGUUGUUCCUGUUUGGGAGCCGGACCCCAGACAGGAUGAUCAAUUAGCGCCGGUUACUCAACCAGCUCCUCAACAAAAGCGUGACAAUAACGUUAACGAAGUAUGUCCGUGGGAAGACGAGGAAAAUUGUAGAGUGGAUGCACCCUAUGUGAAAACAUAUGCAACUUUAGGUUAUUUAUAACUUGGUAUGGUACUAAACAUACAUUUUACAUAUAAACAUUCGCAACUUCAAUUUCCAUUUUACUUCACUUUUGCCAAGUUCGAGUGCCCGAGCUCUCCAAGAUAUCAAGUGUUAUGUUUUUGAAUUUUUCGAUUUAUCAUUUUCAAUUC